CGAGCCGCCGGCUCCCCCGUGUCCGCCGCUGCUGCUGUCCCCCGCGCCCGCCACUUCCGGGGCCGCAGUCCCGGGCAUGGAGCCUCUAGUGUGAGGCCCCUCCGGCCCCGGGACGCCCUGACCAGCCCGGCCGCCACUCCGCGCCGGCCCCGAGCCCGGUCUGAGUCCCACGCCUGCGGCUGAAAUGGAGGCUUUCUGGACCCUCUAGAAGGACUGCAAGUGAGACCAGUGCUGCUUAAGGCUCCCCCACCCUCCUGAGGUCAGCCGGGUGGUUGAUGCGGAAGGUUAAGAAGCUCCGCCUGGACCACGAGAACACAGAAGGUUGGAGAAGCUUCUCGCUGAAUUCUGAGGGGACAGAGAGGAUGGCCACCGGGGCACCGGUGUCUGACCGGGGUGACACGGUCGAGAUGGAGGACCCAGCAUCCCGCUUCCAGGUGCAGAAGCAUUCGUGGGACGGGCUCCGGAACAUCAUCCACGGCAGCCGCAAGAACUCGGGCCUCAUCGUCAACAAGGCCCCGCAUGACUUCCAGUUCGUGCAGAAGACAGACGAGUCGAGUCCACACUCCCACCGCCUCUACUACCUAGGGAUGCCUUAUGGCAGCCGCGAGAACUCGCUCCUCUACUCAGAGAUUCCCAGGAAGGUCCGGAAAGAGGCCCUGCUGCUCCUGUCCUGGAAGCAGAUGCUGGAUCACUUCCAGGCCACGCCCCACCACGGGGUCUACUCUCGGGAGGAGGAGCUCCUCCGGGAGCGGAAGCGCCUGGGGGUCUUCGGUAUCACUUCCUACGACUUCCACAGCGAGAGCGGCCUCUUCCUCUUCCAGGCCAGCAACAGCCUCUUCCACUGCCGGGACGGGGGCAAGAACGGCUUCAUGGUGUCCCCCAUGAAGCCCCUGGAAAUCAAGACCCAAUGCACCGGGCCCCGGAUGGACCCUAAGAUCUGCCCUGCCGACCCCGCCUUCUUCUCCUUCAUCAACAGCAAUGACCUGUGGGUGGCCAACAUCGAGACGGGCGAGGAGCGGCGGCUGACCUUCUGCCACAGAGGCUCGCCCAGCGUCCUCGAUGACCCCAGGUCUGCAGGCGUGGCCACUUUUGUCAUCCAGGAAGAAUUUGACCGGUUCACUGGCUACUGGUGGUGCCCUGCGGCCUCCUGGGAGGGUUCAGAUGGUGGCAAGACGCUCCGGAUCCUGUACGAGGAGGUUGAUGAGUCCGAGGUGGAGAUCAUCCACGUGCCUUCACCCGCACUAGAAGAAAGGAAGACAGACUCCUACCGAUACCCCAGGACAGGCAGCAAGAAUCCCAAGAUCGCCUUGAAGCUGGCCGAGUUUCAGACUGAUGGCCGGGGCAAGAUCGUGGCCACGCAGGAGAAGGAGCUGGUGCAGCCGUUCAGCACGCUCUUCCCCAGGGUGGAGUACAUCGCCAGGGCCGGGUGGACCCGGGACGGCAAGUACGCCUGGGCUAUGUUCCUGGAUCGGCCCCAGCAGCGGCUUCAGCUCGUCCUGCUGCCCCCGGCCCUGUUCAUCCCCGUUACCGAGAACGCGGAGGAGCGGUUGGCCUUCGCCAGAGCAGUGCCCAGGGACGUCCAGCCUCACGUCGUGUAUGAGGAGGUCACCGAUGUGUGGAUCAACGUUCAUGACAUCUUCUAUCCCUUCCCCCAGUCAGAGGGAGAGGAUGAGCUCUGCUUCAUUCGUGCCAACGAGUGCAAGACUGGCUUCUGCCACUUGUACAAGGUCACCGCCGUCUUAAAGCCCAGUGGCUACGACUGGAGUGGGCCUCUCAGCCCUGGGGAAGAUGAAUUUAAAUGCCCCAUCAAGGAGGAGAUCGCGCUGACUAGCGGUGAAUGGGAGGUUUUGGCAAGGCACGGCUCCAAGAUCUGGGUCAACGAGGAGACGAAGCUGGUGUACUUCCAAGGUACGAAGGACACGCCCCUGGAGCACCACCUCUACGUGGUCAGCUAUGAGACAGCGGGCGAGAUCGUGCGCCUCACCGCUCCCGGCUUCUCCCACAGCUGCUCCAUGAGCCAGAACUUCGACAUGUUCGUCAGCCACUACAGCAGCGUGGGCACCCCGCCCUGCGUGCACGUCUAUAAGCUCAGCGGCCCCGACGACGACCCUCUGCACAAGCAGCCCCACUUCUGGGCCAGCAUGAUGGAGGCGGCCAGCUGCCCCCCGGAUUACGUGCCCCCAGAAAUCUUCCAUUUCCACACGCGGUCAGACGUGCGGCUCUACGGCAUGAUCUACAAGCCCCACGCUGUGCAGCCUGGGAAGAAGCACCCCACAGUCCUCUUUGUAUACGGAGGCCCCCAGGUGCAGCUGGUGAAUAACUCCUUUAAAGGAAUCAAGUAUUUGCGGCUCAACACGCUGGCGUCCCUGGGCUAUGCUGUAGUUGUGAUCGAUGGCAGGGGCUCGUGUCAGCGAGGGCUUCGGUUCGAAGGGGCCCUGAAAAACCAAAUGGGCCAGGUGGAGAUCGAGGACCAGGUGGAGGGCUUGCAGUUUGUGGCCGAGAAGUACGGCUUCGUCGACCUGAACCGGGUCGCCAUCCACGGGUGGUCGUACGGAGGCUUCCUCUCGCUCAUGGGCCUCAUCCAUAAGCCCCAAGUCUUCAAGGUGGCCAUCGCGGGCGCCCCGGUCACGGUGUGGAUGGCCUACGACACAGGCUACACCGAGCGCUACAUGGACGUCCCGGAGAACAACCAGCUGGGUUACGAGGCGGGUUCUGUAGCUCUGCACGUGGAGAAGCUGCCCAACGAGCCCAACCGCCUGCUUAUCCUGCACGGCUUCCUGGAUGAGAACGUGCACUUUUUCCACACAAACUUCCUCGUCUCCCAGCUGAUCCGGGCGGGAAAGCCUUACCAGCUCCAGAUCUACCCCAACGAGAGACACAGCAUCCGCUGCCCUGAGUCCGGCGAGCACUACGAAGUCACACUUCUGCACUUUCUACAGGAGCACCUCUGAGCCCGCGCCGCCGGCCGCCUUCACAGCACAAUGGCUU